AUGGCUCUUCCGUCGUACCAAUGUACCGUCCGGGACGACCGUAGUCUGCCCCCCUCGUCCCAGUGUGUCGCGCAACGCUGCAACCUUGCACGGGACAAUAUCACACGUUCGGCCCGACCUUUUUUCUCUGUCCCAUUUUCCUCCGCUUCCAUGACCACAUUCCCGCCUGACAGGUUUGUCCGCUCAUUGCUGAACGGCGUCAACCCCAGCCUGUCUGUCCAAGACCUCGAGGCUGUUCCGUCGGCUCAGCUCCAGCUUCUUUAUAAUGUCAAAGUCUCCGACGGGCCCAGCCUCUUGCUUGCUCUCCCGCCCCCUGCAGUUAUGCGGCUGCUGCGUUCCGAAAAGUCGUCCAUCGGGUCUGAGGCCGCCGUGUUGAAGUGGUUGUCCAGUCUGCCAAGGGAGAAGAAACCCACCAUGACGUCCAAGGACAGAGCGGCGGGCAAAACUUUAGCUGACUCGGACGGUUGCCAGAAGGCGUCCAAUCCGUUGUUCGAAUACUUGCCCGUCCUCGUCAGGCACGAAUCCGUCGGAGGCGGGCUAGCCGUUGAGUACAACCUCAGUCGGCCACCCCGUGGCGUGGCCAUUUCCUCUCUUUCACGACCCCUCACCCGUCGAGAGCGGAGGAUAGUUGACUUUCAAACCGGUCAAUUCCUCCGCCGUAUAUCGACACAAUCGUCGCCAACCCGAAGAUUCGGUAUUGCUGCCGAUGUACUCUCAGUCCCCUUGCCGUGCCAAGGACGGCGCCUCGAAGGGGGACUCCACACCACGAGGGGGGCAGAAUCAUGGUCUGUGGCCUUUCACGCUCUGCUGGAAUCCAUCUUGCGGGAUGGGGAGGACUUGGCCAUAAUGAUCAGUUAUGGUGCGAUCCGGCGACACUUCGACCGCUUCGAACACUUAUUGGAUGCUGUAACGGAACCACGCCUAGUGGUGGUUGACGCCGGGGAGGACACUAACACGUUAGUCUUCCAACCAUCGGAGAUGGGGAAGAAGGGAACCUCGCCUGCAGAGGGUAUAAACGGGAAGCGACAGGAAUCGAAGUCGGCACGGAGGACACACAUUCGAUCCGAAAAAAUCAGGACACUGGCGGAAACCCCCGAUGGGUCUGACGAGACGGAUAGCGAAGAGGAGGAUAUUUAUACCGUCAUAUCGGACGCCCAAGGAAAAGGCCACAUCGAGGUGACGGGGUUACGACAGUGGUCGAAUUGCCUUUUCGGCGAUCCGCUUAUGGCCUCGGUAUUCAGCAAACAUCCCAGUCACGAUUUCUGGAAUGGCUUCGACCGACCCCUCCCUGCGGAUGAAGACUCGUAUAUAGGCUCGUCGGCAAGUGUCGUAGAGGACGAGGCCAACGCACAUAUUCGACUUCUCCUCUACGAGUGCUACCACGCGGUCGUGGCCGUCGUGCGAGAGUUCUAUCGCCCGCAGAACGACAGCAGCAAGAGAGAGCUGGCUGCUCGAAAGCAACUCGGCAACGUGCUGGCACAGCUAGAGGAUCUCGAUGAUUUGGGCGCAUCGAGAAGGAGGCGCCCAAGCGGUGAGGUGUCGCCAGCAAAGCGGUCAAAGUCAGGUGAUGAGGAUGGGAGCGACUGUUGA